AGUUUUUCUUGCACACCACCAUCAAUUCAAAAAUUCUGUUACCAUGACUGAAAAAUAACUGUGAUAUAGUUUGGGCUGCCUUGUCAUGUGCGACAAGGCAUUCAAUGUCAUUGUCUCCAUUUUCAGCUUUACCAUUGGCCUCGCAUAUUUGAUUCUUUCAUUCUUACCACACAUGCCACCACCCAAUGCAUUCAGUGUACACUGGCAACAUCAUCAAGAUUUCUGGGCAGAAGGGUUGGAUUUGCCUGCACCACUUCCAAACAACACUAAUAGGUCGUCGAAAUCGAUCAACAGCACAGCUACCCCGCCUGCUUUCCCUCACCCGUCUUCAUGGCAUCCUUCAUCACCCUACUAUUUUACCAAACAAAAUACCAAUAACAGUCAUGACCAUAACCACCCUAUUCCUCUCGUACUACGAGACGAUCCUUCUACUAUAAAAGCUACUACUAACAAGUAAUAAAUAUUAAUAUCUUAUAAGAAUAAAACAAAUGUAACA